AUGUACGAAAGUAAUCCCACCCUUUCCGCACUGCCAAUGCAAUCUACAAACGAAAUACAAAACUUAAUGUACGAUUACUUUGACAACGAAUACACUGCUCCUGGGACCGAUUUCGAUGCUCAAAUACAGGCAUUAUUUGCAAAUAAUGGUGCCGAAUUGAUUCCUUCAUCGAAUUUCACAAAUCUUCAAUGGGAAUAUGAUAACGAGUCGGCCUCCUCGCCGGAAAAUGCAAGCAUUUUCACUCCAGAGAUGUUUUCGCUGAGUUCUCCGGAAAGCUUCGCGCAAAUUCAUUCGCCACUCUCUUAUACUACUGGCGACGAUUAUGAGUCCAUGUCACCACCUCCACUUAAUAAUAAUUUGAUCGAGUUUGCCAAUUCAAAUGAUCAACUAAUGACAGAUUUUGGCUAUCAAUUGUUUCCAACUAAAAUGGAGUUUGCAUCCGAGAAUGUAAGAAAGCGACAAACAAUAGGGGAAGGGGAUGCUAUUUUUGAUGAGGGUGAACACGAAAAUACAAAGAAGAAACAACGAAAUUCCAAUGCUGAUCAAUAUACAAAAAAAAUAUCAUUAAAUAAUAACAAUAAUCCAUCAUUUCUAAGCAAUACGGAACAAUUAAUCAAGGAUGAACCUGUUGAUCAAACCUCUACAAAUACUACUACAAAUUCGUACGCUCAAAACCUGAUUAUGUGUCUGGCUGAUGGAAUUGCUACAAAUAUUACUGGUACGCAAAACAUCGUGGUUCCUGGUUCUCCCACUAUUAGCCCCGCCCAAUUAUCCAGUGAUAAUUAUGAGGAGAGUACAUUAUUGGCUUUUGAUCAAGAUGUAUGGCCAAGUACUACUAGUGCCACUAGUGCCACUCAUUCCGUUUCAUCACAACCUAACUACGUAAAAAGUUUGAAUCCUACAGCUUUACAAAACGGGGCAUCUCUUUCGUUACCAUCACAAGACGAGAUAAACACAACAGCUACCAUCGGCAGCACCCAAAACACAAAUACUUCUUCCCCCGCCACCUUAAACAACACUGUCACCAAACUUCCAAUCACACGUCUUAAACCUCCAGUUGAACGGCGCUACAGAAAUAACAUUAAUGAUAGAAUUAAUGAUCUCAAGAAUGUCGUACCAGCUUUAUGUCAUCUAAAAACUACAAUACUAAGGAAAGCCACCGAGUAUAUUAAUUAUCUGAAAAAGAAUAACCAGCAAUUGAAAGUGGAGAACGAUCUAUUAAAGAAAAUCGUUGAAGAUCUACCUGGUGGCAUAGAACUUUAUCACUCUUAUUUCAGUACAUCUGUAAAACCGAGUAUCGCUGAACCUCAUCUUAACGAACCUUCAUCCUCUCUUCGAGAUACUCGUUCAAGAGCAUUUAUGGCAUUAUUUAUGUUUGUGACUUUCUUUACCUCGCCAUCUCAACACGGUCAUGAUCAUUCUAUCGGGUCACAUCAACAUGAGCCAGCACGUGCUUUGGGAUUGUCUUCUAAUGAGAAUAUCGUAGAGAAUGCUCCUCCUACUGGAUUCUUUGUUAAUGGUGGAACUCUUACUAUUGAUAUUUGGUAUUUAGCAAGAAUGUUCACUUUCUUGCUAUGUAUCAUCUACAUCUUGAGGCCUUCAUUCUUGUCGAGUCAUCCUUCACGCGCUAAAGAUUUAAACCAAGUCAUCACGUCUAUAUUGGCUGCUAAAAACAAAAGUGCAAAGGAAUUAUAUCGAUCUCUUUCAAAACUGAUUUCACCUUAUCCAACGAAUAGCGUGGAAUUAUUUUUCGGAUUCAUUACUGAAUCACUUAAAAUGUUGACUCGAUGGAGAACUUUUGGUGGCUCAGUUAGUCAAAAUAUGGAGUCAGAGAUUAGCCUUUGGGGUCGACUUGGUGAAGUUGAAUUAUGUGGAGGCAAUGAAAAGGUUUCUCGUCUCUCUAUUCUAUACACCACUUUGCGUACCGUUAAUCUUUUGGAAGCAGCCAACAUCAACAUCAGCUCUAGUCUAUGUGUAUUAAGUCCUUCACGUAUAUAUGCUAACGCGGCUAUACAAUGCUUCAUUGGGUUCCAUUCAUUCCCAUACAUUGCACAAAAGACUGCUGCUCAUUUUUGGCAAAAAGCAAAAAAUUGUAAAGGACAUAACGGCACCGAAGAAAAAUGGUUCGAAGUCGCAUUGACCAGUGAUCAAACCACCGAUAUAUGGAAAGGAGUAGUUGAUCAAAUUUCUAAGCUCGCUUUCCAAAAAGGUCAAAUCUCGAAAAAUGCAGAUGAAGAGGAAAUCAUCACGCCUACAAUACCACUCUAUAAGAUUUCUGACGCUCAAACUUUAUUCCAACUCAAAGACGCAUACUAUAAUUUCAUUUCUGAGCAAUACGGGAAAAAGAAGAAUAACAAAGGACAUUCUUUUUCUUUUGCUGAACUUUUGAGAAUGAGCAGUCAAACAUCCGUGACACAUUGGUACACAUUGGUUGGAUACGCACUUGCCACUUUUUCUCGUAAGGAUAACGUCGCUGGUCUGGAUAUCAUUAAUCAAUUAAAAAUAUUUACAAAAAACGCGGGUAUCAGUAAUAACAAACAAAUCCUUGAAAUGGGAUUACUCUCCUAUGCUUUAUUGAUGUACGGAAAAAUUGAAGCUUCAACUCGAUUCGCUGAUAAUGCUUACGCUGCAAUCGUAAAAAGAAAUCAAGCUGAGAAAAUUGUUUCUGAAAAUUCCACCCACUCGGAAGAUCAUGAAAAUGACAAUGAUGAACUAUAUAAAAUAGAAAGAGACAUUCAUGAUCUCGCGGAAUUCUGUGUUGGUCGGAUUGUGCUAGAAGCUCGCAUCCUAAAUUGGAAAGUCAUGGAGGAAUUAUCCUUGCAAAAUAAAGAUGUGGUAAUCCCCGAAGUUCUCGAUAUCAAACGAUUAAAGCCUGGUGUACGGCGAUGGUUACUUUAUCUACGACGACUUGUUAAUAAUGAAAUAUUUAACGGGAUUGCAAAGACGCGACGAGAAUGUUUAAAACAGUUCCAUGCUCUUACCUACAUUGUAGGUGGACUAGAGGAAAUAGAGGAUUCUGGAUUUGAGUGUGAUGACAGAGGGAAAAUAGAAAAAAGAGCUGCACAAGCUUGGCAGGCAUUAAAAAAAUCCUAA